AUGGACGUGCUGCUACAAAAGCAUGGUGCUAAGCAUAUAUACAAGGUGCCGGAAGGGUUACGUGAAUUGUGCACUGACAUUUCGCGAGAAGUUCUCCGCUCGCAGCCAGCCGACCUAAUCGCCUUUAUCGCCGAAUACGUGGACACGCUCCUGAUCACACGUGAAAACACGAAAAUUGCGGUCAAAGUCGUAAACAACAUACUACUCGGGAGCCAGGCCAUUUUGUGCAUACUUUACCAGGCUGGUUUCACUUUGGAGCAGAUCGCUGUCGCGGCUCCACGGAUCCAAAAAGCAUUCCGAGAGUACCUGGACGCCGUUGACACGCAACCGGUACAGAUAUGCGAAGAUCCAACUUUCGACGACCAGUCCAUGAUCUCGAUACGAAGUAUUCUGGAAGCAACGGGGGCUACACGAGGGGACGCAGAGCGCGCUGCUAUAGUGAUACAAGCAGCGUUUCGUGGCCAUUACGAGAGAAUGGUUUUAAACGAAGCUCAAGGAAAGGUGCAAUGGCAGAGAGCAGUAACAAACACUUUGGAUAUCCUGAAAAAGGCUGGUGCCACAGCUGCAGAAAUUUCUAAGGCCACAAGACUCGUGAAAGUAAUGUUUCCCAUUUUGGAUACUUUAAAAGAUCCGAUAUCGUGGAUGUUCACAGCGGAGGCAGAAGAAGAGCCUCUUAAGAAGGAUGAACGCAUACUAGAACCCGUGGAAGCCGUUCAAGCGGUCGCUUGGAUGGAAAUGAUGUACGAAGACUCUGGAUUGACAUUGGAGAAGGCCAACGAGGCUGCAUCGAUUAUUCAAAAAGCUUACAAAAUGUAUCGUGCAAGGAGACAUUGCUACGACGUGCAACAAUUGGAAUCGACGAAGACGAUGGUCGCUGAUGCCGUUAUCGAUAAGCUGCAUCAGAGAAUUUUUAAAAAAGUGACUAUGAGUGGCAAUAUUCCUGUUGAAUAUGGCACCAGGGAUGAAAUAAUAGCCGAGAGUACAAAAUUUCAAGUUUCUUUCAAAGAAAAGUUGCGAGUAACGCGUUUAAAAAAAGAAGGUCACUUCGAGCAUGGUGAAUACGAAGAAGGUGACGAGGAACAGGAAGACAAAAGUGAAGUGGAAGAUGUACCCUCUACUCCAGUCUUGAAACUGAAACCUAAAUAUCGCCCGGUAGACCCGGAAAUAAAACUCAAAACGGAAGACAGGGAAGAACAAUUAACAGAAGGGGAAGAAACGGAAGGAGAAGCGACAGAGACUGAAAUUACGCUGGAACAAUCAACCACGAGUCCGGAAUUGCAAUCGGAAAUCGAAUCAGAGCGUCCAACAGAUUCAGAAUUUGAGGAUCACGUCGAGAAAGAUGAAACAGUGUACGAAACGAAAAAAGGUGAGGAAGAGCAGAGGAAAGAAGAGGAAGAUGAAGAAGAAGAA